AUGAGACAUAUCGAAGCGAGAAACGUUCAGCGCUUACUCUGCUUUAGGGCCCGUAGUUGUUGGACUUGUCGUUCCCUCGGGGCUGACACUGAACCAGUCCAGUGCACUACCAUUGCUGUCGCUUGUUUGAAGCAAAUAACUGUGGCCACGAACGGCUUAGAGGAGUUUGAAGCGACUUUGGCGCUCUCGAGGAUCACCAGUGCAUCGUCAGAAUUGCGCGAAUUCGUUGCGGAGAAGAAAGCGUGGGAAACUGUGAGAGAACUAAUAUUCAACAAGGAUGAGCGUAUCAAAACUGUGGCGACUGAGGUGUGGUGUAACCUGUGCUCGACGAGGGAGAUUCAGAGUCGCUUUAUGGCUUCUACUGCUAGCGCUCAGGAGGAUCUGAAAAUCCUCACCGCUUUGAGUUUUGCGGAAUCUUUGAAGACUCGUAUUGCCGCUACUGGAGCCAUCGCGAACUUACUCGUGUCCGAUGACCAGGACGAGGAUUUCCCCAUAGUCCGUAUGGCCGUCCGCAACGAGAUGACGGUGGCUAUGAUAUCGCGAGUUGUUCUUGAUGAGCAUGAAGACAUUGGGGUCCGUUAUCGAGCUGCUACUGCUGCCCAAGCUAUCAUUGCAUCAGGUGUAGACGAUUCGUGUGAGACACUCACUGCAGUAUUGAGGGAAUAUAAGGUUGCUGAUGAGAAGGCGGACGAUGAUGCUGUUGCUAGAAGUAUGAAGGAGCUAAUUCACGAGACACUUGCACUCUUUGAUAGUUAG